AAACUUAAGAUUCACAUGAUGAUACACACUGGAGAGAAACCAUUCACAUGCACUCAAUGUGGGAAGAGUUUCAACCAAUCAUCACAACUUAAUGACCACAUGAUGAUCCACACUGGAGAGAAACCAUUUACUUGCACUCAGUGUGGGAAGAGUUUCAACCGCUCAGCACACCUUGAUCAACACAUGAGGAUCCACACUGGAGAGAAACCAUUUACUUGCACUCAGUGUGGGAAGAGUUUCAACCGCUCAUCAAACCUUGAUCAACACAUAAGGAUCCACACUGGAGAGAAACCAAUAACGUGCACUCAGUGUGGGAAGAGUUUUCGCCAAUCCUCAUCCAUUUAUAAACACAUGAGGAUCCACACUGGAGAGAAACCAUUCACAUGCACUCAGUGUGGGAAGAGUUUCAUCCAAUCAUCAAACUUUAAUCUACACAUGAGGAUCCACACUGGAGAGAAACCAUUUACGUGCACUCAGUGUGGGAAGAGUUUCCGCCAAGCAUCAUCACUUAAUAAACACAUGAGGACCCACACUGGAGAGAAACCAUUUACUUGCACUCAGUGUGGGAAGAGUUUCAACAGCUCAUCACACCUUAAUCAACACAUGAGGAUCCACACUGGAGAGAAACCAAUAACGUGCACUCAGUGUGGGAAGAGUUUUCGCCAAUCAUCAUCCCUUUAUAAACACAUGAGGAUCCACACUGGAGAGAAACCAUUCACAUGCACUCAGUGUGGGAAGAGUUUCCGCCAAGCAUCAUCACUUAAUAAACACAUGAGGAUCCACACUGGAGAGAAACCAUUCACAUGCACUCAGUGUGGAAAAAGUUUUAACUGCUCAUCAUACCUUAAACAACACAUGACGAUCCACACUGGAGAGAAACCAUUUACGUGCACUCAGUGUGGAAAGAGUUUCCGCCAAGCGUCAUCACUUAAUAUACACAUGAGGAUCCACACUGGAGAGAAACCAUUUACUUGCACUCAGUGUGGGAAGAGUUUCAACCGCUCAUCACACCUUGAUCAACACAUGAGGAUCCACACUGGAGAGAAACCAUUCACAUGCACUCAGUGUGGGAAGAGUUUCAGCCAAUCAUCAAACUUAAAUCUACACAUGAGGAUCCACACUGGAGAGAAACCAUUCACUUGCUCUCAGUGUGGGAAGAGAUUCAACCGAUCAGCAAACCUUAAUAAACACAACAGGAUUCACACUGGAGAGAAACCGUACAGAUCUGAUCAGUGUCUACAGAGUUUUAAUCAUUCGGCGCAGCUUAAGAAACGCAUAGACAAAAAAGUUGCACACAUGACAUGAAUGCAGCAAAACAUUUUCUCUGUGCACUGGAUGUUUCAUGUCUGAAUAAUGUUUGAAAAGGCUGAGUGACAAUAUACUGUUUUCCAACACUCCUACACUGCAGUAGGUCGGGUUGUAAAUGUGUUGCGCUUUUCGCGUUUACCGUAAACACCGUGGUGGUGGCUGAAAGAAGAACUGUCAUAAACAUCUGGCCAACAGCUCCUCUGCAGCUUAAAAUCUCUUUGCAAGUGAUUGUACCAGUGCAGAUAAAUUUGUACUCUCUCCAGUGUAUUCAUGUAGCUAGUGUUGUUUUAAAUGAUGUUCACUGUCUGACUCCCUGAAUGAGAGACAUCACUGGGAAGACACCGCACAUCAAACAAGGUGGAGCUCUAGGACGCUUAGUUUGCAGUAUACCAGGACCUCAAGUUUUAAAAGCCCAUUCAAUUGUCCUGUGUUGCAGCUUUUAUUAGUGAAGUUUCUUUACUUUUAGAUUCUAGAUUUUUCUAGUUUACUGCAUUUACUUUGAGUCGAAUACAAACUUGAUGAAUAUUUUAUGAUUUAGGCAGAGCGACACACAGCAAAUUCAUUGGUGUUAAAUUUCAAG